GUGUGUGUGUGUGUGUGUGUGUGUGUGUGUGUGUGUGUGCGCGCGCGCGCGCACGGGAAGCCCUAACCAGCGGCGGCGGAUGGUUCUCCCACUCAUCGCUCGCGCUCGACCACCAAACAGAAGAACAGCGUAUUUUUCCGCCUUCGCUUCAGUACCGGAGCUGUUUGUCGUCUCUCACGCGCGCCGUCGAGAUAAACGCCGUUAAUUGGUCUGCUGCGGUGUCAGAGCUCUGCGCGAGAGCCAGCUCAGCGAUUAAAACCAGAGCGUUCGAGUGCGUUUGUGAAGCUCACUCGGUUUUGCUGACCGACACUAAUUGAGCGUCACGAGACGCGCGCGCACCGGACACCGCUUGUUUAUAAAUACGCUUUAUCCGCCAGCAAAACUAAACUUACACGCCGUCACGGCUCCGGUGUUUUUUCCCCGGUAACGCCGCAGAUUUACCGACUGAAAAAUAAAUCAGAAAAAGAAAAACAGUGCGAGGUUUUUAAAGCGGACAUUAAUCCGGUAUAGUUUAAAACAGGUUGGUGUUGGAGCGCACGCGCUAACAGCACUCGUGGUUUUGGGAAGAUGUCCGGUGAAGCGGUUCUGAUCCCGGAUGACCGAGCCUUCAGCAACUUCAAACACGAGUGUGUGUCGGAUGAAGGAUGGAGUCUGACUUACAACAAGUCCGGCAUCACGGUUCUGAUCCAAAUCCUGGAGGAGGAGAAGUCCCUGCACAAAAUCAAGUGUCGGAUGGUGUGUAAAGACGUUUCUGCAGAAACCAUGUAUGAUGUGCUCCAUGACAUUGAUUAUCGGCGUAAAUGGGACUCGAAUGUGAUUGAGACCUUUGACAUUGGCAAACUGACGGUGAACGCGGACGUCGGCUACUAUUCCUGGAAGUGUCCUAAACCCCUGAAGAAUCGUGAUGUGAUCACUCUGCGCUCCUGGCUGCCUAUGGGAAACGAUUACAUCAUCAUGAACUACUCUGUCAAACACCCGAAAUAUCCCCCGAAGAAGGACAUGGUGCGGGCCGUCUCCAUCCAGACAGGUUACCUCAUCCAGAGCAAUGGUCCUUCCAGCUGUACCUUAACUUACCUUGCACAGGUUGACCCUAAAGGUUCUCUCCCUAAGUGGGUGGUGAAUAAGUCUUCCCAGCUUCUGGCUCCUAAAGCAAUGAAGCGCAUUGCUCGUGCGUGUGUGAAGUACGGUGAGUGGAAGCAGAGGCACAGUCCAGGUUUUAAGCCAUGGCUUUACCCGGAGCAGAGUCGUCUGAGCAGCAUGGCUCUCUCUGAGCUCUCUCUGCAACAUGCCGACUCACUCGAGAACAUCGACGAGAGCACACUGAGUGAGAGCAAGGACGAACGUGCUGAACACAGUGAUGAUGACUGAGACACACACACACACACACACACACACACACACACACACACACACACACACACAUGUAGCGUCAAGGACACAUGUAGAGUACACUAAGGGGCCUGACUGGGUCAAAGUGUGUGUGUGUGUGUGUGUGUACAUACAUAUAUAUAUAUAUAUAUAUAGGGACAUCAACUAUCAACAUCACACGCACACACUUAGCAAGCUCUGUCAGAUCCACAGUGUGAGUGUUACAGUAGGACAAGGUUUAAUGCAGAUAAAAUGUCUUUAUGCAAAUAAGUUUGUCACUCUCAUUGCGUUUAACCAAUCAGGUGACAGGAAACAUUGUCCAAAUGGAAACCUUAUCUUUGCUUCUUAAUGAUUCAUUAAAAAAAAGUUUAUUCUUGCGGUCUAAAUAACAAUGCAGAAAUGCAAAUCAUUUCAAUCUGUUUCUCUCUCUCUCUCUCUCUCUCUCUCACACACACACACACACAAACUCUCUCUUCUUAUUGUGACCACUGCCAACUUCUUUGACUCCAUUUCCCAUGAUUCAUGAUUGUUGGAUGAGGUUUCUUCCCCUGUUACACCAUGUAGUGAUGCUCCACACACACAGAGGGCACUGUGAACACACACACACACACACACACACACACACACACACACACACACACACACACACACACACACACACACAGAGCUUCUCUUCUGUUAAGGUGCCACUAAUGUGACAAAUAAAUAAAUUGGAUUUCUGUCCAGGCAUUUUUGGCA